UGCAGUAUGUUAGACCCUGAGGGCAGUGCGGAGCACAAAGUUGAUCAUUGCUUCCCCAGAGUUUUCCUCCUCCUUUUAGCCAUGCUGAUCGUCCUAGGAGCAAUAAUCUUUUUGGCAUUCUCUGCCUCUGAGCAGAAAGAGGACGAUUUUUAUUCCUUUAAAGUGGUCAAUAUCAGGGGCAAGCUCGUCUCCCUGGACAAAUAUAGAGGCUCGGUAUCCUUAGUUGUCAAUGUGGCAAGUGAGUGUGGAUAUACUGACAGCCACUACAAAGCCCUGCAAAAACUGCAGAGAGAACUGGGCCCGUAUCAUUUCAAUGUGCUGGCAUUUCCUUGUAAUCAAUUUGAUCAGCAAGAGCCAAAUACUAAUAAAGAAAUUGAGACAUUUGCACGAAAAACCUAUCAAGUCACUUUCCCCAUGUUCAGCAAGGUCGCAGUCAAGGGCACUGGAGCACACCCAGCCUUCAAAUAUUUAACUGGUGAGUUCAACCAUCUUGUCGCUGGUUUUUAAUUGCUAUACUAUUGCUUUAAAUAGUAAAGAAUUUAAAACAACUGACAAUGCCAUUUCAGAUUUGGGAAUAGAUCGGUGUAGGAAGACUAGCAAUAUUCAGCAAGGUACAAAAGUAUAUUCAAGGUUUAUUAUGAAAAAGCUAUGCAUUUAAGGAAC